AUGGCUAUGGGGGUGGUUUUGGCAAUAUUUGUCAUAUUUGUGUAUUUCUUCUACAGAGUUGCUUAUGAAACAGUAUCAUUUUACUGGCUUACGCCAAGAUGCAUCCAGAAAAUAAUGGAAAAACAAGGAGUCCGUGGCCCCGAACCCCGGUUUCUGCAAGGAAACAUCAAGGACAUGGCUUCCUUAGUUGCGAAAUCUACCUCCCAAGACAUGGAUUCCAUCAGCCACGACAUAGUCGGCCGCCUCCUGCCCCAUUUUGUCGUCUGGUCCAAGUUAUACGGAAAGAGGUUUAUAUACUGGAACGGAACUGAACCGAGAAUGUGCUUGACAGAAAGUGAACUGAUAAAAGAACUUUUGUCUAAAUACAAUAGCAUUUCUGGAAAAUCAUGGCGACAGCAACAGGGAUCCAAGCAUUUUAUUGGGAAAGGCCUUUUAAUGGCCAAUGGUGAAGAUUGGUACCACCAGAGACACAUCAUUGCACCCGCAUUCAUGGGAGACAAACUCAAGAGCUAUUCGGGGUACAUGGUGGAAUGCACUAAACAGAUGCUCCAAUCACUGGAAAAUGCAGUAAAAAAGGGUCAAACUGAGUUUGAGAUUGGAGAACAUAUGACUCGUCUUACUGCAGAUAUUAUUUCAAGAACUGAAUUUGACAGCAAUUAUGAAAAGGGCAAGCAAAUAUUCCAUUUGUUAACACUUCUGCAACAUCUCUGUGCACAAGCAAGCCGGCAUUUGUGCUUUCCCGGAAGCCGUUUUUUUCCAAGCAAAUACAAUAGAGACAUAAAAUCUCUAAACGAGGAGGUAGAAAGAUUACUAAUGGAGAUCAUACAAAGUCGAAAAGAUUGCAUAGAAAUCGGUCGAGUGAGUUCAUAUGGAAAUGAUUUACUUGGGACGUUGCUAAAUGAAAUGCAGAAAAGGAAAUCAGGCAGUGGAUUUAGCAUAAACCUACAAUUAAUCAUGGAUGAAUGCAAAACAUUCUUUUUUGCUGGACAUGAAACUACAGCUUUAUUACUCACUUGGACAGUCAUGCUACUAGCUAGCAAUCCUUCUUGGCAAGAAAAAGUACGUGCUGAGGUGAACCAGGUCUGCAAUGGUGGUUCACCCUCUGUUGAUCAGCUUUUAAAGCUCCCUUUGUUGAACAUGGUGAUCAACGAAUCACUCCGUCUAUAUCCGCCAGCAACCGUUAUGCCUCGAAUGGCAUUCGACGACAUCAAACUCGGGGAUCUCCACAUCCCAAAGGGACUUUCAAUUUGGAUUCCAGUUCUUGCCAUACAUCACAGUGAAGAAAUAUGGGGCAAAGAUGUAAAUGAAUUCAACCCUGCUCGUUUUGCAUCAAAAUCAUUUGCCCCUGGACGCCAUUUCAUCCCAUUUGCUGCUGGUCCAAGAAAUUGUAUAGGCCAAUCCUUUGCCCUAAUGGAAGCCAAGAUUAUAUUAGCCAUGUUAAUAUCAAAAUUCUCCUUCAAUAUUUCAGAUAAUUACCGCCACGCCCCUGUUAGUGUUCUUACAAUAAAACCCAAAUAUGGAGUUCAAAUAUGCUUGAAUCCCUUGAAUCCAUAA